AUGAUGUACUAUUUCAAAUGGCCUGCUUUAAUAUUGAUAUUCGGUUUUGCUGGUCAAUACGCAUCGGCUGAUCAAGAGAUCAUACCAGCGGUUCGAGUGGUACGGUUUCAAGUGGAUUAUCCGAAUGCACAACUGAGCAAUAUUAAGAAAUACAUGAAGUGGAAUGCGAUCAUGAGAAACAGUGUAUUGGCAUCGUUACGAUUCGUCAACAAACAUUGGCUCAUUUGUGGUGGUUCACAAUCGGAGAAGUUAGUGCUUUUGUUGAUUUGUGUUAAUUUUCGUUCAUGUGACUGA